AUGGGGGCUUAUAAGUAUGUUUCGGAGCUAUGGAGGAAGAAGCAGUCGGAUGUUAUGAGGUUUUUGCAGAGGGUGAGGUGCUGGGAAUACCGUCAACAUCCAUCCAUUGUGCGUGUCACUCAUCCUACUCGUCCUGAUAAGGCACGUCGCCUGGGAUACAAGGCAAAGCAGGGGUAUGUAGUCUAUCGUAUCCGUGUGAGACGUGGUGGGAGGAAGAGGCCUGUUCCUAAGGGCAUUGUUUAUGGCAAGCCUACAAACCAGGGUGUUACCCAGCUCAAGUUCCAGCGUAGCAAGAGGUCAGUUGCUGAGGAGCGUGCAGGAAGGAAAUUAGGUGGUCUCAAGGUUCUCAACUCAUACUGGAUUAAUGAGGAUUCCACUUACAAAUAUUUUGAGGUUAUCCUGGUGGAUGCUGCUCACAAUGCCAUUCGCAAUGAUCCAAGGAUCAACUGGAUCUGCAAGCCUGUCCACAAACACAGAGAGCUUCGUGGUCUCACAUCUGCUGGAAAGAAGUACAGGGGUCUCCGAGGAAGGGGACACUUGCACCACAAGGCAAGGCCUUCCAGGAGGGCGACAUGGAAGAGGAACCAAACUCUUUCCCUCCGCCGGUAUCGCCUUAUUUUGGGACAAGUUUAUUCACCUGUGAGACUGCAUAUCAUUGACUUUGUUGCAGUAGCUUUUUGUUGUUGGAUGAUUGGAUCAGCCUCUUUGAAGAAUCUUGUUUAUUUAGGUGGCUGGGCUUAUAAGUAUGUUUCGGAGCUAUGGAAGAAGAAGCAGUCAGAUGUUAUGAGGUUUUUGCAGAGGGGGUAUGUGGUCUAUCGUAUCCGCGUGAGAUGUGGUGGAAGGAAGAGGCCUGUUCCCAAGGGUAUUGUUUAUGGAAAACCAACAAACCAGGGUGUUACCCAGCUCAAGUUCCAGCGUAGCAAGAGGUCCGUUGCGGAGGAGCGCACAGGAUGGAAGUUGGGUGGUCUUAAAGUUCUCAACUCAUACUGGAUUAAUGAGGAUUCCACUUACAAAUAUUUUGAGGUUAUCCUGGUGGAUGCUGCUCACAAUGCCAUUCGCAAUGAUCCAAGGAUCAACUGGAUCUGCAAGCCUGUCCACAAACACAGAGAGCUUCGUGCUCUCACAUCUGCUGGAAAGAAGUACAGGGGUCUUCGAGGAAGGGGACACUUGCACCACAAGGCACGGCCUUCCAGGAGGGCAACAUGGAAGAGGAACCAAACUCUUUCCCUCUGCUGGUAUCGCUCUCUAGAAAACCCAGCUCAGGAACCUACCAAUUAUCAACGUGAGUCACUACAGAAGAUUGAGCAAGAAAAGGACAACAUGGAUCAAGAUGAUCAUCGUGCACAGUAUUCUCGUCGAUACGUGCCAUUAAAUGAAGAGCAAGAAGCUCCUGUAGAAGAUAUUAAACCUGGAGAACUCAAUCAGCCAAUUAAUGUCUCUCAGAGGAAGUGCAUUGAAUGUGGACAAGCUCUACCGGAAAGGUAUGAGCCUCCUGCUGAUGAAGAUUGGACAACUGGGAUUUUUGGCUGCCUUGGAGAUACUGAUAGUUGUUGGACAGGAUUAUUUUGUCCAUGUGUGUUGUUUGGUCGGAAUGUUGAAAUGAGAGAAGAUAUUCCUUGGCCCAGUGCAUGUGUUGGCCAUGCAGUGUGCGUAGAGGGUGGAAUUGCACUUGCAGCAGCUACUGCAUUCUGCAAUGGUAUUGAUCCUAACACCUCAGUUCUCAUUUGUGAGGGCCUCUUAUUUGCAUGGUGGGUUUGUGGCAUCUACACUGGCCUCUUUCGUGAAUCACUGCAGAAGAAAUAUCAUCUCAAGAAUUCUCCAUGUGACCCAUGCAUGGUGCACUGUUGCCUGCAUUGGUGUGCCUUGUGUCAGGAGCACAGGGAGAUGAGGAACCAUCUGUCUGAACCUGCUGACAUGCAGAUGACUGUUGUUAACCCUCCUCCCCUUCAGGAGAUGAAAUCCGGUGAGGGUCAGAACUCUGCAGCAUCUGCACCGGCUUCUCCAUCUGCACAAUCUUCUGGAAACGGCGAACAUACUGGUUUAGAGAUACAGCCUGUGGCCCUCCAAGUGGAGCAAUUCAUUCUGGAAUUGGUGGCUGCUAGCAUGGAUAAACUCUUCAAUUGCAGUGCAAAACUUGAACCAGAGGCCCCUCUCACUCUCCUCCCAAAUUCGACUGGAAAGGAACUUUAA